GAGUUUGUUUUCGUCAGAUUCUCCAUGUGUUCAAACGCAGUUUCCAGACAGGGGAUUAAACGAAGUAGCUGCGUAAAAAUUUAGAGGUAAGGAGGAUUAGGUUAGACUAUUGGGUCAGCUGGAUAGCUGAUCAUCAUGGCUGCAGCAAGGAACACUCCUGACCACAUCCUAAAGCUGCAUAGCACCACAGCACACAAUUGGGAGGAGGAAAAGAAUAAGUUUAAAGAUAUCCAGGAUGAUGGCACCAUGUCAUUCUUUUGGCGGGCUCACACAAUCACUGUCCUUGUGGUGUUCAGCUGUAUCCUGGUGUAUGUUACACUGUUUGAAGAAGACACAUAUGAUGCUGAGUACAAUAACAAAAGAGGUAUUGUUGCCAUGGUUUUGACUUUUUUGCUCUUUGGAGUGACACAGACCCCAGAUGGUGUAUUUAGGAGACCACAUCCAGCAUUUUGGAGACUCGUAAUGUGCAUGAGUGUAGUUUAUGAACUGGGACUGGUUUGGCUUUUAUUCCAGAAUGCUUCCGAUGCCAGAGCCAUGAUGAAACAUUUUGAUUCCAGUCUUGGAGUAAAGCUUCCAGAGAAGGCGUAUGGUGGAAACUGUUUAUUCUUUGACGCUAAUGCUUCUGAUCCAUGGCAUAAUCUCUGGGAUAAACUGGAUGGAUUUGUUCCUACUCACUUCUUUGGAUGGUGGUUUAAGACACUGAUCCUAAGAGACUGGUGGCUGUGCACGGUUCUGAGUAUUAUGUUUGAGGUUCUGGAAUACACUUUAGAACACCAGCUGCCAAACUUCAGCGAGUGUUGGUGGGAUCAUUGGAUAAUGGAUGCUAUUGUGUGUAAUGGACUAGGAAUAUACUUGGGGAUGAAAACCUUGAAUUAUUUAUCAAUGAAGCCGUAUCAUUGGAGAGGCAUGUGGAACAUACCCUCAUACAGGGGGAAGAUGAAGAGAAUAGCCCUGCAGUUUACUCCCUACAGCUGGACAGAUUUUGACUGGCGACCUUUGUCUAGUCUCAGACGAUGGCUGUGCAUGUUAGGAGUUAUAGCUAUUUUUCUUGUCGCAGAGCUGAACACGUUUUAUUUAAAGUUUGUUUUAUGGCUUCCUCCUGAACACUACCUCAAUCUGACUCGCCUGGCAUUUUUCCUCUUCAUGGGGGCAGCAGCCAUGAGAGAGACAUUCCAAUACUUAGAUGAUCCGUCCUGCAAGAAGUUUGGACGUCAGUCCUGGUUAAUUGCCAUGAUAAUCAUCACAGAAUUCCUUAUUGUGGUCAAAUUUGACUGGGAAACCAUCAGUAAGCCCCUCCCUCAGCACAUUGCCCUGUUCUGGAUAGCAGGUGCCCUAGGACUUCUAUUUUUUACAUUCUGGAAAUUCUUCAUCUAUAGAGAUGUUAAGAAUGAUGUGUUAUUAGAAGACAAGAAAGAAACAAAUGGUGUUAGAAAUGGCAGUGGAAAGUACAAACAGACAUCCAUGAAUGGAAACGGCGUAACUCCAAGAGCAAGAUUACGCAAAACAAAUUAAUGUUUAAUCGCUUAUAUUUAUUAGAUAAGUUUCUUUUUUUACUAUUUUAUGAAAACCUUGCAUUGUAUGGAAAUCAGGCCUUAUCUGCUUUGUGAUAUGAAUUUUUAGACCUGCCAAUAUUUUAUUAAUUUAAUGAGCAGUCCACAUUGUCAAGGUGCUUUUCUUAAGUAUAGGUUGUUUUUUCAAUUGUA